AUGGCAUCACGAGCAUGUUCGAACUUCGCAGAUGGCAAAAGGGGAGAGGGAGGUGUUAGCUUCCCUGGUGCAAGAAGUUUCCCACAGGGAAAAGGACUUUUUAAAUACGAUGAGAAUGGACUCUAUGGAGAAUUCUGCAUGGAAGGUUUUUGCUCCCCGCAAUUGCCACAUGGCGAUCUUCUGGCGCCAAUUCUCACUAAUCCUGCUCUAUUCCAACGUCUCUUACCAAUAUCGUAUAUACUCCGCUCUCCGCCAGCGGCUACGUCUGCUCUCUCGGACAUGCAGGACAUGGUUGUGCAUCUUGAUAAGGGCUCAAUACUGAACGCCGAUCUCCACUCACAAAUGCCAGCUACAUCGGAAGAGGAAACUGUUUCCUCCUUACCAAUUGGCGGUGUGCUUUCAUAA